AUGGGAGGCUUCAGUUGGAUAUUUUGAAUGAUAUGUCGGUUCAUAAAAUCCUAUCUUUUAGUUGCAAUUUGAGUAUUAUGCAUGACGUUUUUCUUUCGAAAAAGAUUACGUCUCAUCUGAAACCACAACCUGGAAACCAAGAGCCGAUAAGGGUGUCUAUUAAGACAUGACAAGCGCAGCCGGGGCACAGUUGAGAGACCUGGAGUCUUUGAAGCUUUGACAACAUGGAUCCUGCUCGUGGAAUACAGUUUAUAACACUAAUCCACUUUAUUUUAUGCUGUGAAUUUCUUCCGCAAACACAAAUGCAGUUUUUGAUUCAGCACACCUGGGAUAGCGAUCCCGUGAACCAUGACCCCAUCAGGAUCGUCUUUUCUCCUGGCCAAGGAGGGCUGAAGAUUGAGGUGUUUGGUCCUUUCUUCAACGACCCAGCAGCUCCUGCCGGACCCGCUAGUCAGCCCUUCCCUGGACUCUGGGAUUAUGAAGUUGUGGAGUCUUUCUUCCUUGACAGUACUACAGAAAAUUACCUCGAAGUGGAGGUUUGUCCGCAUGGGCAACACCUCAUAUUACUGCUGUCAGGAGUUGGCCAAGCAUUCCUGCAACAACUCCCCAUGGUGUUUAAUGCCACAAUCACAGGGGACAGGUGGAUGGGUGAGGCUCUCCUGCCCUGGUCUUACUUCCCUCCCAAUAUCAAUAAGAUGAACUCCUAUGCAAUUCAUGGCUCAGGAGAGAAGCGUACAUAUGAGGCUCUCUAUCCCAUCCCUAAGGAGGACAUAGUGGAAGGCCAAAAACCCAACUUUCACCGGUUGGAGUAUUUCCAAAAUUUCCGCCUGCAAAGCAUCAUGGGAGAGGAUUGGGUCCAGCCACCAUCUGAUCUUUGGAUUGGGAAGCCUUGAGCUUUUCAAAAACACUCCCUCUCAUUCACUGUCAUGCACACUCACACACACACACACACACACACACACACACACUACAGUGGCAGGGCAAAAGUACAAACACUCAGUGACAAUGAACAAAGGGCAAUCAAUCCUUAUUAGUUAAUGAUGUUGAACGAUAUGACAAGAAAUAUGUUAGCAGCUUGUCAGAGCAUGUUAGUCAUCUCACACAUCUGUACAUGCAUACAGUCACACACACAUCACAAGGUGUUGGAUGUCACCUUAAAUCGCCUUGGCAGCACGUGACCUGCAGCAGUUAUGCUGCAGAUGGAGGCAAGGAAUGCUCACUUUGACAUUCAGCUCCUCUGUAGCCUGUGCGUUUCACUUCAGUGAGGUGAACCACAGCAGGUUCUUGUGAUUCUUUGCCCUUAUUGUGAAAAAACACACACACAACUGCAUAGCACAGAAGUGACAAAUCAUCUUUUCAAAGAGAUACAUGCCAGAGCUUUUCAGUUAGUGCUAUGAUGUAAUUAGAUCCUUCUGCAAUCAUUCUACUGCCAUAAAGGCAUUUCUUUUUACAGUUAUAUCUUUACAUAUUGAUUACAUGUUGCUGAUGGUAUUUGUGAUGUGUAAUCAUGUCUAGUUAUUAAAGUGAUGGUUCAUCAUUUUGAGAAAUAUGCUUUUGUGGAUUUUGCUAUCUUUUGACCAAGCCUGGCUAGCUGUUUCCCCAUGUUUUUGUCUUUGUGCCAAGUAGCUUAGCUAACCGACUUACGGCUCUAGCUCCAUCUUCUCAUCUAACUCUCGACAAGAAAGCAAAGAAGCUGUUUUCCCAAAAUGUGGAACUAUUCCUUUAACUUUUCCCAUGUUCAAUAUGUGUCCUCACUUUUGACACACAGAGCAUUGCCCUUUCAAAACAUGCAUAUUUGAAACAGGCCGAUUACUUACUCUGGUAUUGCUGCUUGCAACUUUCUCAGUUUUUCCAAAAUAGAUAGAAAGUCUUGUCUUAUUAAUAUUUCAAACUUUUAUUCAAGCAUAUAAUUUCCACAUUAAUGCUGUUACACUGAUUUAAUUUACUAUCAAUGUAACAUUUGUCAGAUUCCUCAUCAUAAAAACACUGGACCACAUUCAAAAGGAUUGCUGUAACACAGAUUCAUUUAAUCUAUGCCACAGCAACUCUUCCUGAACUGGUAUAUCAAUACUUUAACUUCAAUACGUGACUUAAAACUUAACAUGGUUAUGACAUGGAUUUAUAUCAUCACGGGAGUAAUAGUGUGUCACUGGCAAAUGCAAAUUUUUGCAUCGGUGUGGGACAAGGAAAAUAACUAAAACGCAGUAGGACAGCAAUUACUUUUAAUGUGGAGGAGAUGAAGAAACCUUUAGAAAACCAGAGUGUGGUGCAUUUUGGACUGAGCAAUUCGAGAUGGGUUUUUUUUUUUAGGUGGCCUAAAUGCAUUUUGGUGCUGUCCUGCUCCACAGCUGUACAUUUAUUCCUUAUCUUCCUGAUUUUCUAUUUGUCCAGAGGAAACUGGAACUUCAUGUGGAACAAGUUUUCAAGUCUCACUUCAUUCUCCUACUGUUUGUCCCUCAUCUUGUCUCUGUGUGUGUAUAUCUUAUUCCCUGAGUUGAGUGAAGCCCUAAGGCCCCGUCCCCCCAUUGCUGUACAGAGUGCUGUUCACUUGGUUUAUUUAAAGUUUAUUAAUACUGAACGUGAUGUGGAUCCAAAUUGUACCAACUUCAGCACUGCAAGUCCUUGGGUCUGCAGCGUUACACCUGCCGAGGGGGAAGUAGAUUGGAUGAAAGGCUCUCGAGAUACCCAGAGACAGACAGAGAUUCCUGGCUUUAUGAUUGUAUGAUAUAGAUUCUGAAUGA